AAUUAGAAAAAAAAAAGAACACAGAAAAAAGAAAAAAUGGAAAGAGAAAAAAGUGGUCUUUGAGCAGCUAACGCGCAGUCGGAGUGUAUAGAUCCUCUUUCUCUUUUGUCGUCUCCUUUUCUCUUUCUUGACUCCUGGAAUAAUCAAUCUCUCUCUUCUUUUUUCUGUCUUAAAAUUCCCAGAAAUUUCAUUUUCUACUACAGCAAAAAAAAGGCAUUAAUUUGGUUUCUUUUAUAUCUUUUGAAAGCACUUAAACUGUUACCCUUCUUUUAAUUUCAACAGUGUUUAAUUUUUCUGGGUUUGCGGUUUAAAAGCAAAAUUUGAUAUGUGGGAUUAGUAAGAACUACUAUAAUGGAAGAUUUCUGGUUGGUGAUUCAAACUUUAGAUGUUGCAGCUUGAUUCAGUGGAAUGGAUAUGCCUAAAUGUGAGAUAAACCGUCCGAAACAGUGAAGGAAAUGGGUGACCAAUCGUCUGGAUUGAUACUUGGUAUCUCCAUUGGGGUAGUGAUUGGUGUGGUUGUGGCAAUUCUUGCCCUGUACUGUGUUAGAUACCAGAGAAAGCGUGCACAGAUUGACAAUAGUAGUUCAAGGAGAUCAGCAACAAUUCCUAUUCGUGCGAAUGGUGUAGAUGCUUGUACAGAGUUAUCAGACUCUACAGCUGGUGCAGAUUCUCCCAGACAAUUCAGGAAGAAUAUCAAUGGGAUGGCCUUGUGGUUUGAUGGCUUUAGGAAGAGUAAUGUUGUUUCUGCAUCUGGCAUACUUGAGUUUGCUUACAGGGAUUUGCAGAAAGCAACUCAGAAUUUCACGACAUUGAUUGGCCAGGGUGCAUUUGGUCCUGUUUACAGAGCUCAGAUGUUAACUGGUGAAAUAGUUGCCGUGAAAGUGCUAGCAACUGACUCAAAGCAAGGGGAGAGAGAAUUUGAAACAGAGGUUAAGCUACUAGGAAGAUUGCAUCACAGAAAUCUCUUGAACUUGAUUGGAUAUUGUACAGAGAAGGGAAAGAAUAUGCUUAUAUAUGUUUACAUGAGCAAUGGAAGUCUAGCUUCCCAUUUAUACAAUGAGAAGAUGGAACCAUUGAGCUGGGAACGAAGGGUUCAUGUAGCAUUGGAUGUCGCAAGAGGCUUGGAGUAUCUUCAUGAUGGGGCAGUCCCUCCUGUAUUACAUCGCGACAUUAAAUCUUCCAACAUUUUGUUGGAUCAGUCUAUGAGAGCCAGAGUGGCUGAUUUUGGGCUUUCAAGGGAAGAGGUAGUUGAUGAGCAGGCUAGCAAAUUGAAGGGGACUUUUGGCUAUCUUGAUCCUGAGUAUAUAUCCACAAGAACCUUCACAAAGAAAAGUGAUGUCUAUGGUUAUGGGGUCUUGCUUUUCGAACUCAUUGCAGCAAGGAACCCUCUUCAAGGUCUGAUGGAGUAUGCGGAGCUGGCUGCAAUGAACACAGAGGGAGGGACUGGAUGGGAAGAAAUUGUUGAUUCGCGUCUUGACGGAAAUUUUGAUGUUUGGGAGCUGAAUGAGGUGGCAACUCUUGCUUACAAAUGUGUAAACCGUGUCCCUAAGAAACGUCCAUCCAUGAGAGACAUUGUCCAAGUAUUGUCUCGGAUUCUAAAAUCCCGGCAUACUAGGAAGCCGAAGGGGACAUCUUUAUCUGCAACACCGGAAGAGGUGGCCAUCGAAGUUGAUCAAGUAGAAUCUCGAGCUUCAGAGAGUGGACACAGGAGAGAAGAGUCUAUAGACAGCAUGGAUACUGAUUUGUAACGGCUGAUUCAUUUUACAUUCUUUUAUUUCCCUUAAUUUUUAAAAGUUCUUUUUGGUAUAUGCCAUGAGUGCAGCAGCAAGUGAUGCUGCGAGUACAACAAAUCGGGUGCUGAUUUUGGUGUAGAGGUUUCAGGUACAGGCUUACAGCAAUUUUAGGAUUUAAUUGGUUCCUUGCUUUCUUUCCAGCUCUUUGUAAAAUAGGCCAUUGAGAUAACUCUUCAGUUUGUUCAAUGCAGCCAGUGUAAAUCUUAUCGCUUUCAGUUUUGGCUUGAUGACUUUAUCUCAUAACUAAUUUGUACAUUAAUGUAUUCAAGGCUGUAAUGUAGCUAAUCGAUCUGUCUUCGUAUA